UCAGUCAAGUUCCGAAGUAGCUCUCACUGAUCCCUUUCGAUCUAACAGAAUAUUCCUUCGUGCAACAAUGGCGAUUAGGGCUCGUCACCCUAACGUUCUCUCUCUUGUUAUUAUCUCAUUUCUCUCCGUAGCUUCUGCUAAGGUUUUCUUCGAAGAACGUUUCGAAGAUGGAUGGGAAAGUCGUUGGGUAAAAUCUGAAUGGAAGAAGGAUGAGAAUUUGGCCGGAGAAUGGAACUACACCUCUGGUCAAUGGAAUGGAGAUGCCAAUGAUAAAGGUAUUCAAACAAGCGAAGAUUACCGAUUCUAUGCUAUCUCUGCUGAAUUCCCUGAAUUCACCAACAAGGAUAACACACUUGUAUUCCAAUUUUCUGUCAAGCAUGAACAGAAGCUUGACUGUGGUGGUGGAUACAUGAAGUUGCUUAGCGGCGAUGUUGAUCAGAAGAAAUUUGGAGGUGACACUCCUUACAGUAUCAUGUUUGGUCCAGAUAUCUGUGGUUACAGUACCAAGAAAGUACAUGCUAUUUUGACCUACAAUGACACAAACCAGUUGAUAAAGAAGGAUGUUCCAUGUGAGACUGACCAACUUACACAUGUAUACACAUUCAUCAUCCGUCCUGAUGCUACCUACAGUAUCUUGAUCGAUAAUGUUGAGAAGCAAACCGGUAGCCUCUACACUGAUUGGAAUCUUCUUCCUGCAAAGAAAAUUAAGGAUCCUGAGGCUAAGAAGCCAGAAGAUUGGGAUGACAAAGAGUUUAUUCCUGAUCCUGAGGAUAAGAAACCAGAGGGAUACGAUGACAUCCCUAAAGAGGUUGCAGACCCUGAUGCCAAGAAGCCUGAAGACUGGGAUGAUGAGGAAGAUGGUGAGUGGACAGCACCUACUAUUGCCAACCCAGAGUACAAGGGACCAUGGAAGCCAAAGAAAAUUAAGAACCCCAACUACAGCGGAAAGUGGAAGGCACCAUUGAUUGACAACCCAGACUUCAAGGAUGAUCCUGACCUAUAUGUUUUCAAGUUGAAGUAUGUUGGUAUUGAAUUGUGGCAGGUGAAAUCUGGUACCUUGUUUGACAAUGUUGUUAUUACUGAUGAUCCCGAGUAUGCCAAACAACUAGCUGAAGAAACAUGGGGCAAACAGAAGGAUGCUGAGAAGGCAGCAUUUGAAGAGGCUGAGAAGAAGAAAGAAGAGGAGGAAUCAAAGGAUGACCCAGUUGACUCUGAUGCGGAAGAGGAUGAUGAAGACACUGAUGAUGCUAGCCAUGACUCUGAUGCUGAAUCAAAGACAGAAGCUGGUGAAGACAGUGAUGAAACCAAUAAAGAGGAUGUACAUGAUGAGCUCUAGGGUGUUUAUGCCAGAGUUAGCAAAAGUUUUAUUCCUGAGUGGAUGUUAUCUUUUUUUUAGCUGUGUAGUAUUUUUCUUUUUAGAUAAAGCAAACCGUUAAAACUGUAAGCAAAAGCUCGAGCUUUUUGCUUCAUCCCAUUAGACUAUUCAGCUGAUUAGAACAAACAACAAUGUUUCGUUUGAGUUUAUCGUUUAUUAUGUUUUGAUCGAGUUUGCCUUUUAUGGA